AAUUCUAUUUUUGCUAAAAUUAACCAUAUUUGUCUAAUCUUACUUUUAAAGUGGGUACAUAUACAAAUUCUCGGUCAUCCAAAUCUAAAAUUACUAAUAUUAUCUUUUAGCGAAAUAUUAAAUUGACGAUGGUGAGAAUUUGUAGGAGUCCAACCCAUAAUCCCCUCUAAUUGCCGCUAUUUGUGCGUAAACAAAAUAACCGCUCUGCAUGACUUGCAAGAUAAUACCGAAGGUUCUGGAUUAUUUAAGAUGACCAAUUACAUUUCUAACGAAUUAUGAAAACAUUACUGCCCUUAUUUCACAAAGAAAGAUAUCCCACGCAAACCCCAAGCUCUAAUUUUCUCUCUUUUUUUUGAGGUAAUAUUCUCAUUGCAAAACCAAUAAUUUUCUUGAUUGCUUAGGGUUUACACGAUCGAUCAAUUGAUCGGGCUACCGCUUAAACUGUAUUUUAGAUAAUUUUAGUUGUAUUUGGUUACAAUGACUUCAAGUGGUGAUGGUCAAGAAUCUGACAAGAACAUUGAGAUAUGGAAGGUCAAGAAGCUGAUUAAAGGAUUGGAAGCUGCGAGAGGAAAUGGUACCAGCAUGAUAUCGUUGAUCAUUACUCCUCGCGAUCAAAUAUCCCGAGUGACUAAAAUGCUUGGUGAUGAAUUUGGGACUGCAUCCAAUAUUAAAAGCAGGGUUAACCGUCAAUCUGUCCUUGGUGCAAUCACAUCUGCUCAGCAAAGGUUGAAACUUUAUAACAGGGUUCCUCCCAAUGGACUUGUUUUGUACACUGGGACAAUUAUUACUGAAGAUGGGAAGGAAAAGAAAGUUACUAUAGAUUUUGAACCUUUUAAGCCCAUUAACGCUUCUCUUUACCUUUGUGAUAAUAAAUUUCACACUGAAGCUCUCAAUGAACUGCUAGAAGCUGAUGACAAAUUUGGCUUUAUUGUGAUGGAUGGAAAUGGAACUCUUUUUGGGACUCUUAGUGGGAACACUAGGGAAGUGCUUCACAAAUUUAGUGUCGACUUGCCUAAGAAACAUGGAAGAGGUGGUCAAUCAGCACUGCGAUUUGCUCGUCUCCGUAUGGAAAAGCGCCACAACUAUGUGAGGAAGACAGCAGAACUUGCGACACAGUUCUUCAUUAAUCCGCAAACCAGCCAGCCCAAUGUCUCUGGGCUUAUUCUUGCUGGUUCUGCAGAUUUUAAGACAGAGUUAAGUCAAUCAGACAUGUUUGAUCCUCGCCUUCAGGCAAUUAUACUGAAUGUAGUGGAUGUCUCCUAUGGUGGGGAAAGUGGUUUCAAUCAAGCUAUCGAGCUAUCUGCUGAAAUCCUCGCAAAUGUGAAGUUCAUCCAAGAGAAGAAGUUGAUUGGCAAGUAUUUUGAGGAAAUUAGUCAGGAUACGGGGAAGUAUGUUUUUGGAGUGGACGAUACAUUGAAAGCUUUAGAGAUGGGUGCUGUGGAAACAUUGAUUGUGUGGGAGAAUUUGGAUAUUAAUAGGUUUGUGCUGAAAAAUAGUGCUACUGGGGAGAUCGUUGUUAAGCACUUUAACAAGGAGCAGGAAGCAAAUCAGAGCAACUUCCGGGACUCGGCCACUGGAGCAGAUUUAGAGGUUCAGGAGCAGAUGCUACUGUUGGAGUGGUUUGCUAAUGAAUAUAAAAACUUUGGUUGCUCCCUUCAAUUUGUGACCAACAAAUCACAAGAAGGGUCGCAGUUCUGUCGUGGCUUUGGUGGGAUUGGUGGAAUCCUUCGUUACCAGUUGGACAUGCGAUCAUUUGAUGACUACUCUGAUGAUGCUGAAGACUUUGAGGAUUCUGACUAGCAAUUAGCCUCCAUUUAUCAAGUGCUGGUGCUGGGGAAGGGAUGCAACCCUUGCACUGGUGAAAGAGCUGUCGGGGUCCCUUCGGUAGCUGCUGCUCAGCCUAAUUGCCACAUAUCAAAUUUUCUUUAUGAGGAUGAGAUGCAAAUCAGGCCUACACUGAUGUCUGACUCUUGCAGUGGUGAGGGAGAUUCCAAGGUCAUUGUCACAGCCGCUUCUCUUCCAAAAUUCCACAUGUCAAAUGUACUAAACAAGGUGGAGAUGCUGGUGAUGCUUAAUGCGAAGAACACGUGUGAUCCCUGCACUUGUAAACAAGAUGUCUAUGACACCUAUAUGUUUUCAAUGUGUAACGGAAACCUUGCGUGGAACUUCUGCUAUUGAGGAGCAGAACAUCAUCUCUUAUGUACCUGUAAUUCAUCCAAGGUAGGAGAACCAAAUCAACUUGUGCACUACGAGCUUUUGCCUAGCUCUUUCGUAUAAUGUUUGCAGUUGAAAUCAGUAGACCGGUGAAUCGGUAUGCUGUUGGUUAAAGAAGUUGGUUUGGCUCUUGCGAGUUUCGACACGUUAUGUUAGUUUCCUCUCGUGAAAUUUGAACAUCUGUAUGAAGUUGGUUUAUCAUAUUUGAGGUGAUACCUCUCGACGUUUUAGUUCGAUGAAUGUUUGCAUGUGUCUUGAAUAAAGUCGAGUCUAGACUCCGGCCUUGAACAUUUGUGUUGUGUUAGGCUUUUUUAGUAACUCGGCUCUUAUGUUGCAUUUUAUUUGGUUUUAUCCCAUGGAUUUUCUUCUA